UCAAGAUGGCGGUGAACCAGAAAAACAUCCGUUGGGUUCCCCCUCUGCCAGCUGGUUGGGAAGCCAAAUAUGACCCAACACAGAAACGCUACUUCUUCGUUGAUCACACCACGAAGAAGACCACCUGGGAUGACCCUCGGUUCAUUCGCGGCCCUCCGAUUCAGCAGCAGCCUCCUGCUCAGCACCAGCAGUAUGGUUAUGGGCAACAUCAGCAUCCCCAGCAACAACAACAGCAACAUUAUCCACAACAACAACAGCAACAUUAUCCACAGCAACAAUAUCAUCAUCCACAGCAGCAACAAGCGGAGGCGAUUCCCAUGAAAACCAUGGCGCAGCAGUAUAUCGCUGGUCAAGGCCAGGGGUUUUAUGAUCAGGCGGCUCAAAGCUGGCUGCCCACAUCUGCAGCUGGUUCCAACCUGCAGCCAUCGCCAAGGAGACAGCCCCAGCAGCUGCAGCAAGUGCAACAGACUUCAGCUACGCAAGAGGAAGAGUCUAGCUUUGUUGAGGACUUGCCAGAAUUUGAGGUAGAUGAAACCGUGGUAAAGCAGCUUCAGGCAAAGUUCCCUACAUGCCCGAUUGGGAAAAUCCGCAGGACAGUGGAGAGAAACUGCAAUGCUUUCCGGGCAUCGGAACUGGAAUUGGAAGUUUUCGGCUAUAAGAAAGGUGCAUCCCCACGUCGGAGCCUCAGCCCAACCAACCAAUCAGCGCAAGUCAGACAGAGCAGUGGCCCGUCAGAGAAUGACAGCAUGAAUCCUGUAGUGCAGAAGUUGAAGAGCGAAUUCCCUAAAGCAGAGGCUGGAUUUAUUCGAGACAUUCUGGCAUUAGUGAAUAACAGUGAACACGAGGCUCGAGAACAACUGAAGAGUAUGGGAUAUGGUAACAGCUCUGCCGCAGGGUCUUCCAGCACUGCCGUGAAGACAACUGGUGCCAGUAGAGCGCCUGCAGAAUCCACUCAAAGUUCCAGACCAGCAGCUAAACAAGCGCCUCCCCCAUCGAAAGCUGCCAUGUCAAGUACCAUGAAAUCAACCCUUGUUGCUGGGCUGGCCAGAGAACAUCCAAACCUGGAUAAGACUAUUGUGGAGUUAGCUCUGGAGACGGCUGAUAACAACAUACAGAAGGCCCGAGACAUGCUCACCUUUAUGUAUGCUGAUAACAGUACAACCAGGUGAGCUGGGGUGAGGUAUAUAUAGUCCUGGCUGGGACAGGUAACACCAGUCUUCACAUGUGUCUUCUUUUAGUGAAGCCGUGUACCAAGUUUUGAUUCUACAUGAUGAACCGUUACAUUACUUAAAACUUAAAAACAUGACACUAUUGGCUGAAAAGA